AUGCUCGAAACGCUGCAACUCGACAAGGCCAAGGUAAGCAAGCCGCAACAAUUAGGUACCGCGCAAAAACGGGCGGUCGCGGCCGUUGCCACCAAAUUCAAGGUAGAAAAGUGUCUGUUCUGCAAAAAGGCGGAGCACAGAAUUUAUCACUGUCCGGCCUUCCUGAAUCUGCCUCCUCAAGUCAGAAAUAAGGAAGUCAAGGAACUAAAGGUAUGUCCAAAUUGUUUAAAGGAAGAACAUGCCAUCGAAAAAUGUAAGUUUGGCGUGUGUCGUUUGUGCCAGAAAAAACAUAACUCAUUGCUACAUUCUAACAAAGGUGAUCCUACCGGAUCAGACAGCGUCAAUCGAUCUUGUAACUCUCAGGAGGCAUCACCCCAACCAGUCGGAUCGCAGACUGCUACACUAACCAGCUGUGUUCCACGAUCAAGCGAACGAGGACUUUUGGCCACGGCAAUUAUCAAGAUACAGGAUGCCUUGGGACAAUUUCAUGAAUGUCGAGCCUUUCUUGACCCGGGAUCCCAAACCAAUUUUAUAACUCGUGAUCUCUGCAAUAAUCUUCAGCUGCCUCAACAAAGUAGUCAUCUGUCUGUAAGAGGAAUUGAUAAUACACAAACGAUAGUCUCUUCCCAAACUCACGCGACGAUACAGUCAAGAUUCAACGCCUUUCAGGUCAAAUUGCAUUUCUCGGUAUUACCUGUGAUCACUACUAUACUUCCGUUGUCCGAGAUUAACAAACGUCAUCUGAAAAUUCCUCAGACGAUAACUCUAGCUGAUCCAUCAUUCCAUAUUCCAGGCAGAAUCGAUGUUCUACUGGGAAGUGCUGUUUUCUGGGACCUGCUAUGCGUUGGUCAAAUUAAACUUGGACGAAACCAACCCGUUACCCAAAAAACCAAGCUAGGUUGGAUCAUCGCUGGUCCUAUAGACCCCAGAAAUUCAUCCAUUGCAUUCCCCUGUGUCUCCAGUAAUUCAGAUACACUCGGAGACCAGUUGGAACGCUUUUGGCACGUCGAAGGAGGAGCAGUUUAUAACGAGCCGUCUGAAAACGACAGGAUUUGCGAAGAGGAAUUUAAGCAGACACAUCGACGUAACCCAGAUGGACGUUUCGAAGUACGUUUGCCGCUUCGGGGCAACGUUGAGCAACUGGGAUCUUCGCGAGAAAAUGCUGUCAAGCGUCUCAAGUCUAUGGAACGACGAUUCGUCAAAUAUCCAAAGUUGAGAGCAGGAUAUCAAGAUUUCAUGCAGGACUAUCAAGAUUCAGGUCAUAUGAACGAGGUGAUGAGCAAAGAAGAAAGUGAGGUAGUCAAUUAUCUUCCUCACCACUCAUUGUCAGUUGUAAAAGAGGACGGCAUAACGACCAAACUUCGAGUCGUUUUUUAUGGUUCCAGUGCCACCUCGUCCGGAGUGGCACUCAAUGAUAUACUUAGGGCGGGACCCACCAUACAACAAGAUCUACUGUGCAUCUUGCUCAGAUUCCGGCAGUGCCAAUACGUCGUUACGGCGGAUAUAAGGAAGAUCUAUCGGCAGAUACUUCUUCAUGAAGAACAACGCGAUUUACAGCGAAUCGUGUGGAGAAUCGACGCUGGCGACCCUGUCCGAGAAUACCGCCUUAACACUCUCACAUAUGGAUUAACUAGCUCUCCAUUCUUGGCUACACGAUGCCUGCUUCAGUUCACCACUGAUAAUCUGGAACAAUAUCCAGAGGCCAGCGAUAUUAUACGCAAUGACUUCUACAUUGACGAUUUGCUGACCGGUGGCAACGAUAUCAAAACCUUACGGCGACUCAAGACCGAACUGACGGAAAUCCUGUCUUCGGCAGGUUUCCAGCUUCACAAGUGGAACACCAACGAACCUGCCAUCUUAGAUGGGUCAUCAGACGCCACCACGUUAACCAUUGGAGGCGGGAUCAAGACGUUGGGAGUCUGUUGGAACAGUACUGACGACUGUUUGCAAUACAGGACUCAAGCAGUGACGAUGAGGGAUCGGGCAACCAAGCGAUCAGUGCUCUCAACCAUUGCUCAAAUUUAUGACCCACUAGGAUUAAUGGGACCAACGAUUGUCCGUGCCAAAAUGAUCCUCCAACAACUCUGGAGACUGAAAAUAGGGUGGGACGAGUCCCUUCCUCUCGACCUUCAUACUACAUGGAUGCAAUAUCAAGGAAGGAUCAACGACAUGAGUUUAAUCUCAAUUCCACGACCUGUAAUCUGCUCGGCGCCGCGCAGGAUCGAAAUGCAUGGAUUCUGUGAUGCGUCUGAAGCGGCAUACGGAGCCUGUAUCUACAUACGGAGCAUAAACGAGGCAGCACAAAUAUCGUCACAUCUUCUAUGCGCCAAGUCCCGGGUAGCCCCUCUCAAGAAGGUUACGCUUCCACGACUUGAAUUGUGCGGAGCUUUGUUGCUUACAAAACUUGGCCAAACAGUGCGACAAGCGCUUUCAGGUGGCAGAAAUACAGCGGUUGCAUUUGACGCACAGUGGCUUCACGUAAGGUCCAAGGAUAAUACGGCAGACGUUUUAUCUAGGGGUGCAUCGCCCGAGGUUCUUGGAACGUUUCGCUUGUGGUGGGAUGGACCACCCUGGAUGACAAUGGAUCGACGGCAAUGGCCCAACGAGUUUUCAUCGCUGCCGGAAUCUCAAAUCCCAGAACUUAAGAGGCAAGCAGUUACGAGAAACACCCUCACAAAGCAGUUAAGGGAAUCAGGCCAGCUCACAGUGGAAGAAUUGGAAGAGGCUACAGCCAGACUCAUACAGAUAGUCCAGUCAGAGGAGUUCGCCCCAGAAAAAAUGGACCUCCAAACCAAAGGGCAGGUGGCCACUAAGAGCAAGCUUGUUACGCUCAACCCAUUUAUGGAUGCUAAAGAAAUUGUACGGUUUCACCUAGGACCUCAAGGUCUUCUCGCUCAUUUGCGUCAAUUGUAUUGGAUUAUUUCAGGAAAGCAAGCGAUUCGACGAGUCCUUCGCAAAUGUAUCACGUGUUACCGCGUGCGCCCUAUAACUCAGAAUAAAUUGAUGGGUGAUCUUCCAAAGAACCGCGUUAACCCAUCACGGGCGUUUCUGCACUCCGGGUUAGAUUACGCGGGACCGUUCAACAUCAAAAUCUCGCGAAACAAAGGUGGAAAGGCGUAUUUGUGUAUCUUUGUAUGCUUCUCAACAAAAGCUACUCAUUUAGAGAUAGUCAGUGAUCUAUCAACGAACGCCUUUCUAAAUGCCUUAAAGCGAUUCAUCGCACGACGUGGUAGAUGCGCUACAUUGUGUUCCGACAACGGCACAAAUUUUGUCGGAGCAAACAACGAGCUCAAGGCCCUAGCGAACAUGAUAAAGACGGAACAUGGUAAAAUAGAGCGAUUUCUAUCCGAUCAAAAUAUUCAAUGGAGUUUUAUUCCUUCAUACUCUCCGCAUAUAAGAGGGCUCUGGGAGGCAGCGGUUAAAUCCGCCAAGACUCACCUAAAAAGAGUUAUCGGUGAUACCCUUUUAACGUUUGAAGAGCUCGGCACGAUUUUUGCCCAAAUCGAAGCCGGGCGUAUCCCGUUUGGACAC